GUAAAAUGAAUAACCAUUUAAAUUCUUCAUGAUGUUACUUUACAAACUGUCAUUUUUGUUGACGAUUUAUACGUGUGGAGUCAGUACCAGACAUGGUUGGUCCUAUAACGACAUAGAGGGCUGGGGAGGCGAUUGUAACAAUGGAAGAAUGCAAAGCCCAAUAAAUAUUGACCCGAACACAAGUGUUAAUGCCAAAUAUCAAAAGUUUCAUAUUACUACUAAAUAUGCAACCUUAUAUAAUAAUGGACAUACUGUUGACAUCGAGUUUCCCAAGACAGAAACUAUAUUAACUGGUGGAGGUUUACCCAGCACCUAUCGUCUCGAUAACAUACACUUUCAUUGGGGUUCCGAACACACAAUUGCCUCCGAACGAGCUCCACUAGAAGUACAUUUGGUAUUUUUUGAUGUUCAAUAUAAAAAUGUGGAAGAAGCUGUCAAAAAUAAUGGUGUCGCAGUUCUCGGAGUGUUAGCGAAUAACGUAACUGAAUGCAAUCCUUCAAAUUCCUGGAUGACAAUUGGAAAUCAAAUUCUAGGAAUAAUUCAAGCCAAAGGGGAUGAAGUUUUUGUUCCGUCUCAUAUCGAUAUCGAUGAAUUUUUGCCCUCAUCAAAGACCUUUUAUCGAUAUAUUGGGUCUUUAACAACCCCUAAAUGUUCUGAGCAUGUAUUGUGGACUGUUUUUGAGUCGAAAAUUUCUGUGUGCAACCAAAUUAUCGACGUCAUAAAGAGCAUUCAUGAUGUCACCGGAGAGCCGAUGGAAGAAACGUUUAGGCCGGUGCAACCAUUAAAUGGAAGACAAGUAUUUAAAUAUGUACAACCCGAUGAUGAUAAAGUUAACCAUGAUACUAAUAAUGGAAGUUGGUCCUAUGACAACGUAGUUAGUUGGGGAGGCGUAUGUAACACUGGAAAAAUGCAAUCCCCAAUUGAUAUUGAUCCGGACACAACUAUCAAAAUGAAAUAUGAACAAUUGUUUAUUAGUAAUGUUGAUAGAUAUGAAUGCGCAACCUUACACAACAAUGGACAUACAGUUGAGAUCCAACUUCCCAAGGCCGAAAUUACAGUGUCCGGUGGAGCAUUACCCAGUACCUACCGUCUUCAUAACAUUCAUUUUCAUUGGGGUUCUGAACACACAAUCGUCUCCGAACGAGCUGCACUAGAAAUACAUUUAGUAUUUUUUGAUGUUAAAUACAAGGAUCUGGACGAAGCUGUGAAAAAUAAUGGUCUCGCAGUUUUUGGAGUGUUAGCAAAUAACGUAACCCACUGUGAUAAUCCAAGUUCCUGGUCGACAAUUGGAAAUCAAGUUACAGGAAUAAUCAAAGCCAAAGGGGCUGAAAUUCUUCUUCGGAAUCACAUCAAACUGAAUGACUUCUUGCCCUCAUCCAAAACCUUUUAUCGAUAUGAUGGAUCUUUAACCACACCUAAGUGUUCUGAGAAUGUUUUGUGGACUGUUUUCAUGUCGAAAAUUUCCGUGUGCAAUAAAAUUAUCGACGCCAUAAAGAGCAUUCAUGAUAUCAAUGGAAAACGGAUGGAAACAACGUUCAGACCAGUGCAACCAUUAAAUGGAAGAAAAGUAUUCUUGAUGCAAGAAGAAGUAAAAGAUCCAUAUGUAAAUAAGUAUUACCCUAUGGGUUUCUUUAAUUAAAGAUAAAUACGAUAUUAUAAAAAAAUAGCUUACAUAUUUUUAUUUUAC